CCAAGCGCAAACGGCGAGUUGCGGGCGAGCGGCGGGCAUCCGAGCUGCCAGCGAGCCGGAGGAGGAGCUGCGGCGGCGCCAAGGGCAGCCGGGGAGCAGAGAAGGGCGCCCCAGGUGGUUGCCCCCUCCCUCUCCUGAGAUGUCAGGGAGGAGACUACCUGUAUCCUACACAGGGGCCCCACAGAGCCUGGGGGCCCCCAGCCCCAGAGUGAAGAGGUGGUGGUGCUGCUGACAGGUGUGCAAGCCAUGCUCCCUCAGCACUCCUCCCUCAUCAUUUUCCUCUUCCUACUCCCCAGCAUCCCCAUGGAGCCCCAAUCCCCACCCUCCACCUUUCCCCCAUUUCUGGCCGCUGAGUGGGACCUCCUGUCUCCCCGUGUGGCCCUGUCAAGGGGCGCCCCUUCUGGGCCCCCUCUCCUUUUCCUGCUGGAGGCUGGAGCCUAUGGGGAGCCGGCAGGGGCCCCAGCCAACCGCAGCCGGCGUGGGGUGAGUGAGACUGCGCCCGCGAGCCGCCGGGGUGAGCUAGCCGUGUGCGACGCAGUGAGUGGCUGGGUGACGGACAGGCGGACGGCUGUGGACUUGCGUGGGCGCGAGGUGGAGGUGCUGGGCGAGGUGCCUGCAGCAGGUGGCAGUCCCCUGCGUCAGUACUUCUUCGAGACGCGCUGCAAGGCUGAAAGCGCUGGGGAAGGUGGCCCGGGUGUGGGCGGAGGAGGUUGUCGCGGUGUGGAUCGGAGGCACUGGCUCUCAGAAUGCAAGGCCAAGCAGUCCUAUGUGCGGGCGUUGACUGCAGACUCACAGGGCCGCGUGGGCUGGCGCUGGAUUCGGAUCGACACAGCUUGCGUCUGUACGCUUCUCAGCCGAACAGGCCGGGCCUGAGGGCCCCAGCUUGAGGAAAAAGGAGCUGGAUGCUAAAAGGACCUCAGAGGCAACCCGGCUGCUCUACUGUGCCUUCUGAUUGAGAACUGAAAAAAUCAAAUGCCAUUUGCGAGCUCAAUCUACAUGGAAUGUUUGGUGAAACCAGUUUUAAGAGAUGGAUAGAAGUCCUCCCGGAGGAACUUGACAAUAAUAAUAAUAGCCAAUGUUUGCGAUCUACUGUUUAUUAGACCUAAGACAUCACUCUGCUGACCAUUCCAAUACCAGAGGACCCUGGCCCACCCUGGCAAGAGGGAAAGGGCCAUGUGAAAAAGUGAUGUAGACAGGGCUGUGCCUCAGUUGGUAGGCUGUUUGCCUAGCCGGCAUUAGGUCCUCCGCUCUAUCCUGAAUACCACA